CUCAUGUAAAUUCGUCUCCCACAACAACACUAGCUCUCACGUACAUAAAUAUAAAGAUGUUGAUAGCAUAUUAUAAAUCAUAGAGUUCAUUCCAUACACAGAAAGAAGAACAACACUAAGAAAGCAGAAUAGGGAAAAAUACAUCGAUAGAGGAAAAUUAAUUGAAGGGUGCUACUACUACGACCUUCUAUAUCAUUAAUGAUUGAAAUUCGUGUUGGAAUUGUCUUGUAGGUGUAGUAGUGAUAAUAAGAGAGGAUCAUAUAUAUAUUAGUAGUGCUAGAAAUUAAUUGAAGUGUGUAAUAGAAUAGAGUGUGAUAGAGAGAGAUAUGGGGAGAGGAAGGGUGCAGUUGAAGAGGAUCGAGAACAAGAUCAAUAGGCAAGUGACGUUUUCAAAGAGAAGGUCUGGUUUGCUCAAGAAAGCACAUGAGAUCUCUGUGCUUUGUGAUGCUGAAGUGGCCCUCAUAGUCUUCUCCACCAAAGGCAAACUCUUUGAGUACUCCAGCGAUCCAUGUAUGGAAAGAAUUCUUGAACGGUAUGAGAGGUAUUCAUAUGCAGAGAGGCAGCUUGUUGCAAGUGAUCAACCACAAACUGAAAAUUGGACUCUAGAACAUGCAAAGCUCAAAGCAAGGUUGGAAGUCCUACAGAAAAAUCAAAGGAAUUUUAUGGGACAAGAUUUGGAGGGCCUAAGUAUCAAAGAGCUUCAAAAUUUGGAACAUCAACUUGAUAGUGCUCUAAAACACAUUAGAUCACGGAAGAACCAAAUCAUGCAUGAAUCUAUUUCAGAGCUUCAUAAAAAGGAUAAGGUCCUACAGGAACAAAAUAACACUCUCGCAAAGAAGAUAAAGGAGAAAGAGAAGGCACUAGCCCAGCAUGCACAAAUGGAGCAGCGUGGUGAUGAAAUGGAUCUUACUUCCUCUGCCCUAGUACCUCAUCCAUUGGAGACAUCAAACAUUAGAGAGUCCUCACAAAUAAGGGGUGAAGGAGAUAAUGAAGGAACCCCAACUCCAACCCGAGCAAAUGCCAUUCUUCCAUCUUGGAUGCUUCGUCCUUCAAAUGAAUAGAAGAGUAUUAACGACCUAAAAUUUUAAAUUACAUAUGAAUAUGGCGAAUACAAAGCUUACCCUAUAAGAUGUAAAAUGGUCUCUGUGUUGAAUUGUGAACACCACCCAAUGAGUUCAAUUGGAAUAUCAUAGAUAUGUAAUGUGUCUCUGACUACUACAUUUCAAGGAUGCUAAGUAAAUUAUAUGGUAUGGCCUGUCUAGAUAUAGACCUGCAAUACAUAUAUAGUGUCAAUUAUGUAUGCUUGGUUCUUAUCAAAAGUUUAAGUUGGACUUUACAUGCCUCUCUUCCUAGAAAUUCAGAAGGUAAACAUAAUUUCAGUACACAUAUAUAGUGAGUUUGUGUAAUGGAAUGUAAUCUUUGUGUAUCAA